AACAUAUUUCAAAGAAGAACCAGAAAAGAUGAUAAGAGUGUUACUAGAAAAAUUGCUUGGUGAAAAGAUUUUGCCUUUUAUGACCUGGGAAGUAGGUAAAAAAAACAGCCAUUCCUGAGGAAUUGAAAAAAUCUAUUUUUGAUUUUGUCAAUAAAAAUGUAAAUCCUGACCAUAAAAUGAAUUACAAUACCUACCGCACUUCAGCAUUGAAAAUUUUAAGAAACUUCAAAAAAAGAUUUAACCAAGGGAAAACUAAAACAAGAAGUCAGGAAUUGAAGACAUCAAAAUAUCCAUAUCAAAUUAACGAAACAAAUAAGGUGCAAUUAUUGAAAGGAUCUAAAAUUUAUAUUGACAAAAAUAAACUCAUGUCGCUUAAAAAUGAAUUCACCGAUAAUGCAAGCAUGAUGAUAAGCUUGUUAUUAAAUUAUUUAUUUGGUGAAGAGAAUCUACCGUCCUUUGCUUGGACAGGAGCAUAUGGAUAUAAACCCAUUCCUCAGGAAUUGAAGAAAUCCAUUUUUGAAUUUGUAAAUGAAAAUGUGAUUGACGAACAAAAAAAAUCAUACGAAAGUUACGAACAUAUAGUAAAAUACCUGCUAAGAAGUAACAAAGUAAGAUUUCAAAAAGAAAAACUUAAAACAUACAGACUGGAAAACAAGAAACUAAUAUAUCCAUAUAAAAAAGAGGGGAAGAAUAAGGUUGAAUUAUUAAAAAAUUCCAAAAUUUGGUUACCUGAAAAUAAAUAUAAUUCAUAUGUAAAAAAUUUUAAAAAUGAGCCAAUGAAAUUGAUAAGAAUGUUAUUGGGAAGCUUAAUGGGAAAAGAGAAUUUAAAAUACUUGAGCUUCAAAGGACAAUGUGGUUAUGAACGCAUACCUGAAAACGUGAUAAUAGCUAUCCUUAAAUUUGUAAACAAAAAUGUAAAACGAAGGCAUCAAGUGACAAAUCUAAAAUUACACAAAGCAGUAAAUAAAUUCCUUUGGAAUAUCCGCGCUAAAGCAAAUGAAGGUAUGACCUUACAACCAUCAGGCGAUUCGGUUGACAAUACUUUGAAGCUGCCAGAAGAAUAUCCAUAUCAAAAGAAAGAAGAAGGAAAGGUGGAAUUAACAACUGGAUCAAAUAUUUGGAUAGAUGAGAAAAAACUUAAAAUAUUCACAACCAGCUUUAAAAAUGACCCAUUUGAGUUAACAAAAAUUUUGUUGAAAAAUUUACUUGGUAAAGAGAAUUUACCGCAUUUUGCAUGGAAUUUGAGGAGUAAAUAUGAGCAGAUAGCUGAAAAAGUUAAAUCUGCUAUCAUGACAUAUGUGAAUAAAAAUGUUAUGCCUGGUCACAAAAAAGAGAUAGAAUUAAUCUUUAAUAAAAACAUAGGACUAUACUUAGACAAUUUCCGUUGUAUAUCCAAAUCAGGUAAAAUAAAAUGUUCAAAGACGAGAAAACAAUUUGACAUAGAAAGCUAUAUAUGUGAGAAACCAGAAAGAUUCCCGUAUCAAGAAGAAGAAGAAGGGAAGAUUGAAUUAGUGCCUGAAUCAAAGAUUUGGAUAAAAAAAGAAGAAUUUGACAAGUUGAAUAAGUAUACGAAUGUUGCAUUAAAUAAAUUGAUCCAACAGUUGUUGGAAAAUUUACUUGGUAAAGAGAAUAUUAUAUUUUUUACUCUCAACGGAAUCGGUCUAUAUGAACCAGUACCAGACAAUCUCAGCAAUGCUAUUUACGAAUUUGUGAAGGAUAAAGCACGAGUGUCGAAAACUUUUACUUACGAAAGCUGCUUAAAGGCAAUUGGUAAAGCAUUAAUGAAAUCAAGAAGUAAUUUUGAACCAGGUUCAAAGACGAGAAAACAAUUUGACAUAGAAAGCUAUAUAUGUGAGAAACCAGAAAGAUUCCCUUAUCAAGAAGAAGAAGAAGGGAAGAUUGAAUUAGUGCCUGAAUCACAGAUUUGGAUAAAAAAAGAGGAAUUUAACAAGUUGAAUAAAUAUUCCAAUGUUGCUUUAAAUAAAUUGAUUCAAGAGUUAUUGGAAAAUUUACUAGGUAAAGAGAAUAUGAUAUUGUUUACUCUCAGUGGCUCGGGUCUAUAUGAACCAGUACCAGGCAAUCUCAGCAAUGCUAUCUACGAAUUUGUAAAGGAUAAAGCACGAGUGUCGAAAACUUUUACACACAAAAAAUGCUUAAUGUCAAUUGAAAAUGUUUUAGCGAAAGCCAGAAAUAACUAUUAAACAAGAAAACCACGAUGGCGAUGUAAACUAAUAAACUUCAGUAAUAAUUGUAUAGAUUACGACGAAAUUUGAUUUAAAUAAAAAACAACUUGUAACGAAA